UUCAAAGACGCUGCUGGCACCGUGUCAUUACCCGGACUCCAGCUCCCCUCGGCCCCCGGCGCUCCGCAUACCUUUGCGGUGUGUGUAUAACAGAGUGUGUCUGGAUGUGGCGCAGUCAGUGCAUGGCGACGGACAAAGUGCCACCACCUUUGGGCUCCAUCGAGAACCCGAUCAAGUUCAAGGACCAGGACUUCAGGACUCUCCUGGAGGAGUGUCUGAAGUCCGGGGAGCUGUUUUCUGAUCCAACCUUCCCGGCUGAACAGAAGUCCAUCGGUUUGCCUGGACAAGACCCGAAAGAUCCCGACAAGGACAUGAAGUGGCAGCGACCCAAGGAAAUCAGCGCCAAUGCCGUGUUUGUGGAGGGCACAACUGGGACCACUGACAUCUGCCAGGGCCAACUGGGAAACUGUUGGCUGCUGGCGGCUUUGUCCUGUCUCACCAUGCACCCCAAGCUCUUUGCAAAGGUGGUGCCACCUGGGCAAAACAUGUCCAAGCCUUAUGCUGGGAUCUACCAUUUCAGAUUCUGGCAGUAUGGUGAGUGGGUGGAGGUGGUUGUGGAUGACAGGCUGCCAGUACGCGAAGGCCGUCUGCUCUUCAGCUACUCUCGCACUCGAAAUGAGUUUUGGAGCGCCCUAGUGGAGAAGGCCUACGCCAAGUUGAUCGGAUCCUACGGAAGCCUGAAAGGGGGCAACAUCUCAGAGGGGAUGGAGGACUUCACAGGAGGCAUCGCGUACUCAGUGGACAUCGCGUCGCGAACCCCCCGCGUCCUCUGGAGAAGUCUGACGGUGGCUCUGUCCAGAGGCAGCCUGCUCAGCUGCUUCAUCCAGGUCUACGCCUACCAGGACAUCGGUAAAGUGACAGGAGACGGGCUGAUAAAGGGCCACGCUUACGCCAUCACCGACACAGACAAGGUGACAAAUGCGUCAGAUGACAUUUUGUUGCUGAAGCUGAGGAAUCCCUGGGGUUUUGUCGAAUACAGCGGACCUUGGAGUGACAAGGGUAAAGAGUGGGACAGCAUCGAGAAAGCCGAGAAAGAGCGGAUUGAGCUGAAAAAGAGAGAAGAUGGAGAGUUCUGGAUCAAUGCUGAGGACUUCUGCCGGCUAUUUGACAUCGUGGAGCUCUGCAGUGUGAGACCAGACUCUCUGGAUGAGACAAAGACACCCGUCUCUCCUUCUGCUCCUGUACCCCAGACGACCUGGACCAUCAGUGAACAUGAAGGAUUAUGGGUAACGGGGAGCUCUGCCGGCGGUAGCCGCAAAUACAACAGGACAUUUUGGAAAAAUCCUCAGUUCCAGUUGGUUCUCAAAGAGGAGGACCUGAAAGAGGAGGAAGACGAUGAGGACGAUGAUGAGGGUGAGAAUGAUGAAGAUGGUGAGGUGGAGACGACUGCGAUGACAGAGAAACAGAAGAAGAGAGCCAAACAGUGCACCGUGCUGGUGGAGCUGCUGCAGAAAGAUUGCAGGCAAAGUAAUAAAGUCAACUUUCGCUACAUCGCAUUCCACAUCUACAAGGUUCCGGCUAAACUCCAGGAUGUUUGUCUCACUCGCAACUUCUUCAUGAAAAAUCGCCCCGUGGGUCGUUCUGGGAAAUAUAAAGCUCAGAGAGGUGUUUGGAGAAAACUGCAUCUGGACCCGGGUAACUACAUCAUUGUGGCAUCGACUUAUCGACCCAACCAGCCAGGCGAAUUCUUCAUCCGCAUUUUCUCCAAGACUGGAAACACCCUCGGGACUCAGGACUUUACAUGCUCCUCUGGCUACCUCCCGGUCAUGGCAACCCCUGUCUCCCCAGAGGACCAAAGGAGAGUCAAGAGGACUUUUGAAGAAGAUGCUGGCCCUGAUGAAAAGCUGAACGCCAAGGAGCUGAUGAAGCUGUUGAACUCAGUUCUUGAGAAGGAUUACCAUCUGCCCCUGGAGACGUGCAGACAGCUUAUCUUUGCAGAGAAUACUAAAGGACAAUCUCGUCUCAGCCACACACAAGCAGAAUCCCUGCUGUCCAGUGUACGCAAUCUGCAGUCACUUUUCUUUCAGUUUGACGAGGACUCCUCUGGUACAAUGAGCCCCUAUGAGCUCAGCGCCGCGCUGGAAGCUGCUGGAAUGCAAUGUGAUGGAAAGGUGGUGCAGCUGCUGACGGAGCGCUUUGCGUCUGGAGAGCUUCACAUGCCCUUCAACAGCUUUGUGUCAUGUUUCACCAGGCUGCGCAAACUUUUUGCUCUGUAUGAUUCUGAGACCAGUGAGGCGGUGAAAGGCAGAGGCAUCAAUGCUUGGCUCCUUCAGUUUCUGACACUGUGAAGAUGCUUCAUGAAGAGGCUCUCCUCACUGACACAUUAUCCAUUCCAAAAUAGAACCAAAAUAUAUUGCUUGUCAUUUAAAAGUGUUCUGACAUAAGAGAUCUACAGCUGUGGCCACAACUGUAGAUAUUCUAGCUAUGGCUUUGAUAUGUAUUGAGGGUCCUUGGUGAAUUACUAAAAGUGCUAACCAGAAAGAAGCCGAGGCAGAGGUCCAGAUGUCUGUGGACCACUUCAAAAUGAGGCUCAAACUAUUGGAGUUUCAGUCAAACAACACAAGGUAGAGAUGCUCCAAAGAGACAUGAGAAUAAAAAAAUAGUUAUGCAAAAUGACCACAAAAGACAUAAUUAACACAGAUGACUUCCUGGUCACACAUAGUCUUUGUGAAUAGAAUAUGCAGCACCAUCAUUUAAUUACAAGUUAUCUAUUGUAUUGUAUGUAAUACUAUUAUCUUAAACUGUUGAGUAACACAAUUCACAAUCACAUAUACUAACCGGUAUUAGGAGUUUAACGGUGUCUUUUCUUCUCUUGUGUUUUUUUUUGUCAUUAAAUGGUUUUGAAGACACAACCAUUGCACUUGUAAGUUGUACAACAUGAAACAAAAUAAAAUGACACAUGAAUGAA